GCAACUUUUAUCUUGGAAUCUUUCAGCCAACAAAAGAUUACAACUGUUGCCCAAACACACCAUCGUGAAAAUGCGAGAGGUAUGAAUUUCAUAAGGAAGUAAAAUGGAUUCCCUGGGAGCCUACUGGGCAUAUUUGGUGAACUGCUCUCAGUCACUGAUCCUGGAUCAUGGCCACUGGGCAUCAGAGAGUGAGAAAGCCAGUGAUCUCCAGGACAUUGUGAUGGUCACACUGAGCAAUUUGCUUCUAAAGAAUCUAGAUCAGAUUGAGUCUUGCAGGACACUGAGGAUUUGCCUCUUGGCUGACAACUUUCUAACCAGGAUUGAAGCACUGAUGGAAUGCACACGUUUGGUGAAGUUAGAUCUAAAAGGAAAUCAGAUUGUUCAGAUCCCUGAUGCUUCGUGUUGGAGCCAUCUGAAAGAAUUACAACUGCUAUAUCUACACGACAACAACAUGGCAACCUGGAACCAUAUCAGGGGCUUGUCUGGCUGUUUAAACUUGACUGCAUUAACUCUCUACGAUACUCCAAUCAGUUUAAAGAACUUCAGGCACUGUGUGGUCAACAACAUAUGGUCACUGAAGGCCUUGGACAACUAUGUUAUCUCUGAUGAGGAAAUAAUCCAGAACUGGUACCUUCCCUUUAAGUUCAAAGCAAUGAAACAACACUUUCAUGUCAAUUUGUAUCCAUCUUCAAAGUCGGAUUCAUUUGAGACAGAGAUGAAAGCGGUGUAUAAAAUAAUUGCUGAGAUAAACAGGAUUCAGGCCAUUUAUUCCCCUACACUUAUUAUACAGCGCUGGAUUCGAGGCCAUUUAAUUAGAAAAAGUCUUGGUCUUUGUGGUACAAAGAAGCAGACAGGGCCUGAGAAACUGCUCACUCCCAUCCCACCUGAAAUGGCAGAAAAUGAGCAGGUAUCGUCUCAAUCCCGAGAAACCAUGGAGCAGGAUACAGAUGACUACCAUGUGCUGACAGAGUUAUGGGGUGAGAGAGAUGUAGAGAUCAAAAGACUUCAUGUGAACUUAAAUAAGCUGAUACAAACUGGCCACCCAGAGGUUCUACAGGAGGUUAUCAAUGCUAAAUCAUUUGACAGUCAACAAGAGCUGAAUCCACCAUAUAACACCCCUCAGCAGAGUCUGAGCCUCUGUAUUGUAUGUCUUUAUGACAAAGCUACUGGUGAUCUCUGUGAUGAAGAAGUUGAGGAAGGAACCUUUCGUGUUUUGGGGCUGAAGGUGUCAUUCCACCAGACUGAGCCGUUGAGAGACAUGUUAUUGUCCCGUAAAGCUGGUGGACAGGACAUCCGUGAGGCCAUCAGCCAUUUCCACAACCAGAAGCCUGGUCCACACCCCCUUUCUCAGCCUCACUCACCUGCCAUUACUUCAAGAAAGCAUAUGAUUGGUCGUUGUCAUGAUGGCUUCAGUCUUACCCCCUUCAAAGUAAUUGAAAAAGCCCAUCAAGCAUUUAAAAAGGCAGAAAUGCAGAGGGACCUUGCAGAAAAGGUAACUGAGCGGCAGAUUGACCGUGAGGUUGCCAAGGGCCAUCGAUAUGACUUCAUGGAGGCUAUAAGGAAAGAAGCUUGUCUGCAUCAGGAACGUGAACGGGCAGAUAUGGAGAAAACUCUCAGUCUACAGAGAGCCAAGCAGGACCAGGACAUCCAGCAGGCACGUCAGAAACAUGCCCAGUUUGUUGAAGAAAAGAGGCAGAGGAUCCAGGAGCAAGAGAUGGUUUUCAACUUCACCAGACAGCACAACUCAUUAGCCAGGGCUGUUCUUAGAUAUAACACAUGGAAAAGUGGAAACCAGCAAUAGAGGGAAGAAUGGGUCAUGGUUAAGCGAUCAAGCAUGGCAAGUCACGGAAUACAUGGAGAGAAAUUUCAGUGAGGAUAGGAAUUUUCGAUUAAACGCUCAAUAUGUUGGAACAUGACAUUUGCUUUUUGCCACUAUAAGAACCUGUUUGUGCUUCCUGUGAUGGUGGUUACUAAGUAAAUGUACAAAAAAUUACAUUAAGUGUGGUCACGCUUCUAUGGCAAGAGAUCUACUUUUUUAAUAAUGUUAUCAUAGUAAGAUUAACCAUGCACAAUAAAAAUAUACAUUGUAAGUAGUGUUGUCACAAUACUAAUUCAAUUUGACGGUUCUUGAUACCAAUUUUGAUAUUUCAAGAAAAAUGAAUGCUAAUUGUUUAUUAAAUAAAUAAAUAAAAAAUACUCCCUGAAACACAACCCACCCCCUCCAUCCUGCACAAGUCAGUGUAAAUAGUAUUAAAACUACCAAGAAUUUUUUUUAUUAAAAUUCCACAUUAACUGAGUCACUAUAUUCCUUAAGUAAGCACUGAAGAAAGAUUAACAGAACGCCGGAUUUCAAGCAGGACAGUAGAUUAGUGGUUGACCGAUAUGGGUUUUUGAAUAGCCGAUGCCGAUAUCUAAAGAACAGGAUUGCUGAUGGCCAAUAUAAAUGCUGAUAAACAUAAUACAAUUUAACAAAACAAAUCAGAUUUACACAAAAUUUCUAAAGUGAACCAAUUAUUUUAUGCAAUAUUUACUCAAAUUUGCAUAAACUUGAAAAGAAAAAAAUCUUGAAAACAGAAAGUGUUGAAUAUCCAUUGACAAAUCUACAUGUAGAUUUUGGAACUG